AUGUGCAGCAGCGAUUCCCCGGCUGAGCUGUGGGCUAUGUUGCCUCGCAGAUCUCGAGCUGAGUACGGUUGUACUGGUGGCUUAGUCCCAUCUGCAAGUGUUCUCGCCUUCUUAGUGGACAACGCGGACGACAUGGCCAGCUUGGUAGCGCAGUAUGCACCAGGAGAUGCUCGCGCGAGCCAUGUGGCACGUGCUUUGUGGACUCUAGUGCAAUGCGAUGCCACUUCCGCUUGCAAACGCCGUAGCCUUGUGGAUCCUGCUUGGCAGCGAGUGCUUCUUGCGCGUCGACUUCCGCAGUCUGAGUCGACUGCCCCUGGCCUGUGUGACACCUUAUCUUGGCUGCGGUCGAAGUCCGGUGCUUGUCGGCGCAGUAGUACGCUGCUCUUUCGAAGUCGCAAACAACUUUCUCGAGUUGAAGACGGACAGUCGCGUGAAUCUAUUGAUGCGCAGAGACUACUUCAUUGCAGGCGUGAGUUGGCGGAGCUGGUUUCCGAAGCAGGUCUACCUAUUGCUGCGCAAGCGCAACUGGCAUCUGCUCCUGAGGAAAUCAUUGUUGCGUCCCUGGGUUCUAUGAGGGCUUCCACUAUUCGCAAGAAGGUUCGCGAGUGGCGCAGGGUCCGUAUCUUCAGCCUGGGUGCCUGUGGAUGUCCAUGGCCUUCUCACGUGGGCAUCGUGCUGGAUUAUUUGCGUGAGCGUGUGGACGAACCUUGCGGUCGCACUGUGCCAGAAGCUGUUGUCUCGGCAUUUGCUUUCAUGGAAAAAGUUGGCUGCGUUCCAGGGCCCGAUCGGGUUUCAGCGUCGCAGAUUCUUCGGAAUUUUGUGAACCAAGCAACGCAUGACCUGGAGGUCGGCGCCCCCCCGACCAAGAAAGCCCCGCUUCUGCCCCUGGUGAUGGUGGGGUCCUUGGAGCUCAUGGUCGUCGAUGCUCAGGCACCUCUAUAUGCGCGUGGUUUAGCUUUCUGCAAGCUUCUGAAGUUGUGGACUGCGUGCCGCACCAGUGACUUAUGUGGUUUAAAUCCUUCUAGUCUGCGUCUGAAUCGCCUGGGCCUGGUUGGCGUGCUCGAGAAGACGAAGACUACGGGUGCUGGCAAGCGGAUUCGUCAUCUUCCAAUCUACAUCAGUCAUAGUGCGUACUUCAUGGCACCUGAUUGGCUCAGCGUGGGUUGGAAAGUUUGGUCAGAUCCUGCGAUGUCUUUUGGCCGAGACUAUUUCCUCCCGAUGCCGAAACCGGACUGGAGCGGUGCCUGCAAACGGAUGGCAGAGUAUGCUGACUCUGCCGGCCUGAGUGUUCAGUUGUUGCGUCGCUUGUCUGUCCCGCGUCGACAAGGCUCCAAAUGGUUGCAGUCCGAGAACCCGUUGCUCCUCUGCGAUGCUGCCGCCGUUUUCUGGAAAGAACACUCGGAGCGCAAUUGGCUCAACAGCAUGCUGGCCGCGAUCGAGGUGAGCAAGGAGCUGCGAGACUAUGUGGGUAGGUGGCACAUCUCCUCAUCCGAUGAGUACUUACGGACAGCUCAACAGGUUGUGGUUGGUCUGCAAGAAAAGCUGGUUACUUACUUCUGUGGUCCAGAUCGAUGGGAUCUUCGCAAUGCUGGUCUGGAUGAGCUUGAGUCUCACCUGCGUGCUCGCGGGGUUGAUUCCGGCCUAAUCAAGCGUCAGCGCUCUAAUUUGAACUUGCCUGAAAGAUGGUGUCUGCGUGUGCCCGAGCCACUCGACCCUGCCCCUGCAGUGUCUCUGGAGGUUGCUGAGGAAGUCGAUGAUGCAGAAUCGCAAAGCCCGUAUUUUGUCACCGUCGUGGGCAACAAGCGGCUACGCAGGCUCCAUCGCCGCGGGGGAUGCGGCGUGUCGGUGCUGGAAGUGCAAGAGUCGGAGCCCGUUUGGCAUUUGAAGGGGCUCAUGUACAAUUUGGCUUGUCAGCAUUGUUGGCGCCCUGGGGAAUCCACCGUUUCGGAAGCCGAGGAAGCAGACGACUCGGGCAGUGCAAGUGACAGUGAAGACUAA